AAACAGCCCCCCCUCCUAUCGCCGUUCCUUCCGGAGCGCGAAGAACUUUCCAAAAGAGGCUGAUCAGGACACGGGGAGCCCCCCACCCCCACCCCCAGGAUUUUGCAGAGGGAAGGACGCCAGGCGAGGAACACAAUGGCCCAGGCGCCUCUUUCCAGCUAUGUUUGAAAUCAUCUGUUCCCCUGUAUAAAGAUGUCACUGGUGGACCUGGGGAAGAAGCUCCUGGAAGCGGCCCGCCAAGGCCAGGAUGAUGAAGUCAGGCUGCUGAUGGCCAACGGAGCCCCCUUCACCACUGACUGGCUGGGAAUAUCGGCCCUUCAUCUCGCUGCUCGGCACGGCCAUUAUUCGACGGCUGAAGUCCUGCUCCGGGCCGGAGUGAGUCGAGAUGCUCGGACCAAGGUGAACCGGACGCCCCUCCAUAUGGCGGCUGCAGAUGGUCACUGCCACGUUGUCGAGCUGCUGGUCAGGAACGGCGCCAACGUGAAUGCCAAGGACAUGCUGAAGAUGACCGCCCUGCACUGGGCCACCGAACACAACCACCGAGAUGUCAUCGAGCUGCUUCUCAAACACGGGGCAGACGUCCACGCCUUCAGCAAAUUUGGCAAGUCCGCUUUCGACAUCGCUUUGGACAAGAACAAUCCCGAAACUCUGUUGCUGCUGCAGGAAGCGAUGCAGAAUCCGGUCACCGCCAACCCCGAGAGGCUGCAUGAUGUCCCAGGCUCUGUGACGGUGACCCAGCCCUUCAUUCUGGUUUCCGGAGAAUUGCUGAACCUGGCCAGCCUCGUUUCUUCAGUGGAUACCAAAGCAACCUCAGGAGAUUCCACUGUUUCCACGGGGCAGUUUCUAGACUCGGCCACCUCUGUCCUCGCUACCCUGGCGGCCAUCGCAGAGGCCUCUGGCCCCCUUUCCAGUGCUAACCAAAUUCCUGCUGUCUCAGGAGACAUUGUGGAAACUCUAUCAGCCGACGCUUCCCUCCGGCAGGCGGUCGGUAGCGGCCAGGACGUCCUCACACUUGUGACCGAGGGCGUCCCUCUGGGUCAUCUGCCGGCCGCUCACCUGGGACAACAGUUCAUUGUAGUGAUGCAGAAGGAACAGGAAGUUCUGAUUGUGCCUGCUGGUCAGGAGGCGGGAGGCGGCCUCGAGACCCUGAGCGAGAAUAACCACGUGGCUGAAGCAGAGAAGCCGCCCGCCAAGAAAGUCAAAAUGAAACCAGCGGGGGAUGGAAAGGAGGAGGAAGGGAGAGAGGAUGGCCACGCCAAAGAAGCUUUGCAAGAGGCCGAUCCCCAAGCGGCAGAAUGCCGAAGCCGGCUGCCGAAGAAGAAGCAAGAAGCUGAGCUCCACCAGCAGAAGCUGGCAACCCUGAGCCAGCAGGAAGCCGGCACGGGAGAAGGCCCCGCCCAGGAGGAGCUCAGGGGGGCUGACCCCCUCGAGGUGUCUUCGGGAGAAAUGGGGGGAUCCCCGGGACAGAGGCAGCUCCUGGCCGACACAGCCACCGAGACGGUCACUUCUUAACCCCCAGGGCGUUGUUUUGCCACGCCUGAUAGAAACGGCAACCAA